AUUCAGAUUCUUCAGUGUACCUGACUUCAACAAGGAGGAGAAACAUGCUGACCUUUGUUCCACUGUUCUUACUCUUCGGCUGGAUGCUGCCUGCAGACUCAAUGACAAUCCGUUUCAACUUCCCUCUUCGACGUACCUACCAGGACAUCCCACUGAGCAUGGUUGAAGAUUCUGUUGACGACAUGUACUUUGGCUGCGCACAGAAGAUGCAAAAGGUGGCACAUAACUACUUCAAUAUAGAGAACAAAGGAGUGUUUAAAAGUGUCUGGAAAAAUGCUGAAGGGUGUACAAAGACAAAUAUGAAACGUAAAGAGGCCGGGGCUUUAACUAGGGAGCAUUUGCAAGCAAUCUGUGUGUACACCUCUGGUUAUAAAAGGUUUCAUGAUCUGUUCAACGCUGCAGUCCGAACUAACAGGUCAGAAUACAGCACCUCUUUCCCAUUCCACUCUCUACACUUCUGGCUCACGUCAGCGAUUCAGAUCCUUAACAACAACAAACCCUGCCUCAAGAGUUACCGCCGGUCCAACAGUGUGUUCACGGGCAAAGUCAACCAGGUCGUUCGGUUUGGUUUCUUUGCCUCCACCUCCAAGAGGACAAAUCUUACUCGCUUUGGUACAGAGACCUGCUUCCAAAUCAAGACCUGUCGCGGUGCUUAUCUAAAAAAAUAUCCAACAUUAGGAAAUUAUGAGAAAGAGGUGCUCAUCCCACCCUAUGAGAUGUUCAAGAUAUCUCAGAUAGCUAAGGGAAAAUUUGAAAAUCUGAGCGAUUGUAACACCAUCUACGUCCUGAAGAGUGUAGGAGUUAAGAGCAAUCUUAACUGCAAAGCUGCAAAGUUAGGCCAGUGAGUCUCCAGAUUAUAGACGGGUGUGUGUUUGACUCUGUCUUAACUUGGUUCUGGUCCUGACCAAGGGAGAAGUUCCCUCGGCUGGUCGUGAAGCUUUCAGCAGUGUGUCUGCCCCCUGGUGGCUGGCUGCAGUAUAGGUCAAAAAAUCUGUCUCCCCCAUUCAUUUGACUCUUAAAAGCAAGACUUUUUUACACUUCCAACAUGUUAGUCUGAAGCAAU